CCCAGUCAUUAAGGGUCCCUAAACCCCACCCCCACCCCGCGAAGGGAACAGAGGCCGAAGCACAAGUUGUGACAGCAUCAUGUUUUCAUUUGUCCUUACCUCGCCCUAUUUUAUUUGGGGUUAUUCUUCCGUCAGCCCUAGGAAGUAGACUAUGGCAAGGGUCAUUUUUCUCAUGGGGCAGACUGAGGAAGCAAGGUCGGGGUCAUAAAGUAAAUCUGUAGCCACACCUCCAGGCAGCUGGAACUGCACUUACCUAACUGCAGACUAAAACUUGCCGUGAUUUUGCUCCAAAGCUAUGUAUGGCUGUUAGACCAAAACAUCCAUAAAUCAGGCCAACCAAAGGAAAUAGGACAGAGGACGCAUGCUCCACUGCUGAAUCAGGAAGCGAAAACAGACAACAAUCAAAACAAACAAUACCAAAUUUGAGAACUACAGUAUCUGAACCUUUGACCUGAGACAAAGUUCUGAAACAUCGUGAAGCAAACCAUUCUUGGAACACUGACUCUGUGAUUUAGGGAAUUUAGCUCCCAGGUCAUAGCUUUAUGAGUAAAAUGGAAGAAGAUGGUUGAAUUCCACUGAAUACUGAGAGGAGGCUAUAGAGCAUCGAACAGCAGGAAGAGCUGUUACCACUGUUGCCACUGGCCCUAGCCUCUGGGUUCACAGUCCAGCCAUUCUCUCUGCGGAGCUGACAUAAAGCGACCAACCAGCAAGAGAAGGAUUCCGAGAAUGGCAUGUCCAGAAUAAGACCCACAUAAAGAGAAAACAUGGAGUGGAGCCAGAGCCACAGCCAAUAUAUAACAUGAUGAGAGAUAAACCUUUGUGUGGUGACUGGAAUUCGCAUUCCAGGUGAUAAGGCCCUCAACUGGGAUGGGGAAAUGAUGGAGAAAGAAGUUCCAUUCAAGUCAACUCAGCAAGUAGUUCUUUAAUAUGUUUUGUGGACUAAGCACCGUACCAAGGUUCUAAGGAUUCUAAGAUGAAAUAGGUGAAGUCUGGAGCAGGAUUCUGAGGCUUUCUGUCCUCCAUGCCGCUCACCAGAAAAGGGACUGUGAACUGUGCUCUGGCACCAGGUGACAGGAAGAAUUUCUGGCCCAGCUGGGAGUGAGAAGAGGGAGUGAGUCUCCUGAGGGCCAUCCUCGAGUCCGCCAGGAUCACCCAAACAAUCCUCGAUGUGAAUCAAUCCCAUGAUGCAACAUGCCUCCCCAGCCCCCGCUCUGACGAUGAUGGCCACGCAGAAUGUCCCUCCCCCACCCUACCAGGACAGCCCACAGAUGACAGCAACUGCUCAGGCACCCUCUAAGACCCAGGCUGUCCACAUCUCCGCACCCUCAGCUGCUGCCAGCACGCCUGUGCCCAGUGCCCCCAUUGACCCCCAGGCCCAGCUGGAGGCUGACAAGCGAGCUGUGUACAGGCACCCUCUUUUCCCGCUCCUGACGCUGCUGUUUGAGAAAUGUGAGCAGGCCACCCAGGGCUCUGAGUGCAUCACCUCCGCCAGCUUUGAUGUGGACAUCGAGAACUUUGUCCACCAGCAGGAGCAGGAGCACAAAGCCUUCUUCAGCGAUGACCCAGAACUGGACAAUCUGAUGGUGAAGGCAAUCCAGGUCCUGAGAAUUCACCUGCUGGAAUUGGAGAAAGUCAAUGAACUCUGCAAGGACUUUUGUAACCGCUACAUCACCUGCCUCAAAACCAAGAUGCACAGUGAUAACCUGCUCAGGAAUGACCUCGGGGGACCCUACUCCCCCAACCAGCCCUCCAUAAACCUUCACUCACAGGACCUCCUGCAGAAUUCCCCCAAUUCCAUGUCUGGAGUCUCCAAUAACCCCCAGGGGAUUGUGGUCCCAGCCUCAGCGCUCCAGCAGGGCAACAUCGCCAUGACAACCGUCAACUCCCAAGUGGUGUCAGGUGGAGCCUUAUACCAGCCGGUUACCAUGGUAACCUCCCAGGGUCAGGUGGUCACCCAAGCAAUCCCCCAGGGAGCCAUCCAGAUCCAGAACACACAGGUUAACCUUGACCUCACCUCCCUCCUGGACAAUGAGGAUAAGAAGUCCAAGAACAAACGAGGAGUCUUGCCCAAGCAUGCCACCAAUAUAAUGCGUUCUUGGCUCUUCCAACAUCUCAUGCACCCCUACCCCACGGAGGAUGAGAAGAGGCAGAUCGCAGCCCAGACAAACCUCACGCUCCUGCAAGUAAAUAACUGGUUCAUCAAUGCCCGGAGGCGCAUCCUGCAGCCCAUGCUUGAUGCCAGCAACCCAGACCCUGCCCCAAAAGCCAAGAAGAUCAAAUCGCAGCACCGGCCCACCCAAAGAUUCUGGCCCAACUCCAUUGCUGCAGGGGUGCUGCAGCAGCAGGGUGGUGCGCCAGGGACAAACCCCGAUGGUUCCAUUAACUUGGACAACCUGCAGUCCCUGUCCUCAGACAAUGCCACCAUGGCCAUGCAGCAGGCUAUGAUGGCCGCACACGAGGACUCAUUGGAUGGGACAGAAGAAGAAGAUGAGGAUGAGAUGGAAGAGGAGGAGGAAGAGGAGCUGGAGGAGGAGGCCGACGAGCUUCAGACGACAAAUGUCAGCGACCUGGGCUUGGAACACAGUGACUCCCUGGAGUAGUUGGCAGCCCAGCUGGCACUGGUCACCGAGCAGGAGAGGAGUGUCGUCAGGAGGGCUUCAGGGUGGGGGGGAGGGGGGCACGGGCAGGCAGCACCGAGGAAGUUGGGCCCUAGCUUCCCCAGAUCAGUAGCUUGAAGAAAUGCAGAGCAGACGCCUGCUCCUUCCCAAACCACCAAGCUUCAAUGAGUACCCCAGCCCCACUUCCCUAGAACUGCAGAGGACUCCGUUUGCGGGGCCGGUCAAGCAGCCCAUACGGAAAGGUGGGAGUGAGAGCUGGACUCACCAAAUCCCUGAGGACAGAUGGCACCCACGGCCCCCCCACUGAAGGACUUGAGUCGUUUACAAGCCCUGCACUGUGAGGCAGAUCGGUGCUGUUCAACAGAAUGAGCCUUGCCAGGGACACAGUUAGAAGGAAAGGGAGAGUCAAGGGCAUCUGGAUUCCACCCCCGGAAGGUUCUCAGCUCCUCUGAGAGACAUUCAAGGGCAGGAGGAGCCCAGACGCAUCACCAGUGGCUAGCAGAGUGGGAGGCCCUGAGGUCUGCCGACCACAGCUCCCUGGGGCUCCCGCUCAUUCCUCCAAGGACCUGUCUCAGGCACGGGCAAUCACGGACUUGGGAGAGAGGGUAGGAGCCACCACAGCCACCUUCUCUCUCUCUCUCUCUCUCCCCAAAAUGGAUGGUCAGCUGGCAGGCUCAGAUCGUAGGGGGUUGAGCGGAAUCCCUUCCCCUGGGUUGGCUCCAGGACCCAAGGAGAUGGCACAACCUGAGCUAGGAGCCAUAUCAAGGUGACUCUGGGGACCACAGCCAUCCCCAGGUGGUCACAGAGCUCAGCUCCCAUAACAACAGGACAGUGGUGUCUUAUCCCAGGUGUUCCAGCCCUCAGCCCCCCAUGGCUGUUGCCCUGCUCCCAGGCUGGCCUCACCAGCCCCAUUCUCUCUUCUUCAUUCUUCAGAGAAGGCAGAAGAAACAUUGGAAAGAAGCAUCCAGUCCAAUGGGAAGCCAGGGGUUGGCGAAGGUGCUACAUCCCUCUUCCCAUCAAUAUCCAAAGUGUGGGCCAGGGCCCAGAGCCAGGCGGUGCCCCACCCCACACGUCUCACUGAUCUAGCCACCACCACGACGCACGGCACUGGAGGCACUGGGGCUCCCUCGAGGAGGAGGCUUUCUACCACCUGCCCUAACUCACACCCUCCCGCCCAACUUCCGGGCCCCCAUGAUUGGCACCCCUCCUCCCCUCCUGCUCCACCCCUUGGCUGUGAAUGAUGGGACUGGUCACACGUGUGUUUUCCAUUGGAUUUAAUUUAAUGGACUUGCAGUUUCAUUUGUAAAUUGUGCGUUGGCCAUCUCCUUCAGUGGCAGGAUGCGAGUGGCUACCUGGCUCCACUUGAGGGGACCCCUCAGGGCCCUCUGGGGCUUCCCCUCCCCCUCCUGGUUGGGGUGGAGCAAAAGGAUGGUCGCUUUCCUGAGGUCUCCCUGAGAUGAAUGUAUUUCUCCCCCAAAAGAGCUGAUAUUUAAUGUUUUAAUAGGGAUUUUUGAAAAACAAAUAACCUUAUUUAUAAUCUGGGUGAUCCAAUCAUUUUUUACUCCCUUUUGAUGCCAUAGGUAGAGGAAAGUCUAGCUUUUUUGGCGUGAGACUUUUGCAAUGUGCAGUGGGAUAAAAUACAUUUCCUUUUCUUCAUUUUUCUUGUUCUCUCUCUCUCUUAUUCUCUCUCUCUCUCUCUCUGUCUCUCACACACACACACACACACACACACACCCUUUCACCUACCACUUUGGACAGCGACCUGCCCCGCACAGGCACACCCGCACACAUGUGCCCACACAUCCUCCUCCAGCCCCUCCACCUGCCUAAUGUUAUGCAACCUCCUUCUGAUGUAUCCACCAAACCAGUACUGAAUGUGGCCGAGAAGUUUUCAGUAAAUCUUAUUACCUACCAUAA